AUGGAUUUAGUUUCAUCUUUCCUGGGAUUUCUGCUGUUGCAUCUUGUCUGCAGAACCGGUGCCGAAGAUGCUCCAGAGUGUGGGGGUGUGCUGGAUGCCUCUGAGGCCGGGUACAUCACGUCGCCCGGGUACCCGCUGGAGUACCCGCCUCACCAGAGCUGUCACUGGGUCGUCACAGCUCCCGAGCCCACGCAACGCAUAGCCCUCAACUUCAACCCACACUUCGAGAUUGAGCGGCUGGACUGCAAAUACGACUUUAUAGAAAUCCGAGACGGGACUUCAGAAAACGCAGACGUUCUGGGCCGACACUGCAGUAACAUCGCACCUCCUCCUAUCAUCUCGUCCGGACCGGCUCUACAGAUCCGCUUUGUGUCGGACUAUGCUCACCAGGGGGCGGGCUUCUCUCUGCGCUACGAGAUCUACAAAACCGGGUCGGAGUUCUGCUUCCGGAACUUCAGCAGUGCCUCCGGAAUGAUCGAGUCCCCCGGAUUCCCGGACAAGUACCCCCACAACCUGGAGUGCUCCUACAUGAUCCUGGCCUCUCCCCUCAUGGACAUCACCCUCACUUUCCUCACCUUCGACCUGGAGAACGACCCCCUGCAGGUGGGGGAGGGCGACUGCAAGUACGACUGGCUGGACGUGUGGGACGGACUGCCCCAAGUCUCUCCUCUAAUUGGUCGAUACUGCGGCACAAAGAUCCCACCGGAGAUUCGCUCGUCGUCCGCUCUGCUGUCGCUGUCCUUCCACACAGACAUGGCCGUCGCCAAAGACGGAUUCUCUGCUCGAUACAAUAUGAGCCAGAAAGAAGUCAGCGACUCGUUCCACUGCAGUAUGGCGUUGGGGAUGGAGUCGGGUAAAAUCAGCGAUGACCAGAUUUCUGCCUCUACUACGUUUUACGAUAAUCGCUGGUUGCCGCGGCAGGCUCGCCUUAACAACGACGACAACGCCUGGACGCCGUCAGAGGACAGCAACAAGGAGUUUAUACAGGUGGACCUUCACUUCCUCAAAGUCCUGACCGGAAUCGCCACGCAGGGGGCCGUUUCCAAGGAGACGCAGAAGUCCUACUUCGUCACGUCGUUCAAACUCGAAGUCAGCACCAACGGCGAGGACUGGAUGGUUUAUCGCCAUGGCAAAAAUCACAAGAUCUUCCACGCAAACACAGACCCAGCUGAGGUGGUGUUGAACCGUGUGCCUCAGCCGGUCUUGGCCCGAUUCGUGCGGAUCCGACCACAGACUUGGAAGAACGGGAUUGCCCUGCGCUUCGAGCUGUACGGCUGCCAGAUCACAGACGCUCCGUGCUCCGAGCUGCAGGGCAUGCUCUCUGGUCUACUCCCGGACUCUCAGAUCUCGGCCUCGUCGUCCCGGGACAUGGUCUGGAGCCCGGCCACUGCCCGCCUGGUGGCCAGUCGCUCGGGCUGGUUCCCCGCCUCAGUGCAACCCAUUGCUGGAGAGGAGUGGCUCCAGGUGGACCUUGGUGUGCCGAAAACCGUGCGUGGCGUGAUCACUCAGGGCGCCAGAGGAACAGACACCGAGAGCGGAGCCACUGGAGACAACCGAGCUUUCGUCCGCAAGUACAAAGUGGCCUACAGUGUGACCGGCAAGGACUGGAACUUUGUCAUCGAUAGCAAGACAAGCAUGCCCAAGAUCUUUGAGGGGAACCUGCACUACGAUACUCCUGAGCUCCGGCACUUUGAUGAGGUGGUGGCUCAGCUCGUGCGCUUGUACCCAGAGAGGUGGUCUCCGGCCGGGAUCGGGAUGAGAGUCGAGAUCCUUGGAUGUGACCUCCCAGAAUUGUCCACACCUGCGGACACGGCCACGCCCACUCCUCCCACGGCAACGGAGACCACCGCUGAUCCCAUGACAACAACAGCCGCCAUAGCGCCCCCUGCAGACGGACUCUGUGACUUUGACCACGGUCUGUGCGGCUGGUCACAUGACCCCAGUGCUCCUCUCAUAUGGUCCCUACACAGUCAUGACCUGAACAGUUACCUGCACCUGGAGGCCAGCCUGAAGUCCCAGAGGCAGCGCGCUCGCCUGCUCAGCCCUGUGGUGGCAGCAGACUCUGGUCCACUCUGCCUGCUGUUUUCCUACCAGCUCUGGGGGGAGGCGGAAGGGCAUCUGAACGUUCUGCUGCGAGACAACCAGCAGGACGAGACCCUGCUGUGGACCCUCUCCAACGACCAGGGCCCUGUGUGGAGGGAGGGACGCACCAUCCUGCCCCGAUCCCCCAAAGAGUUUCAGGUGGUGAUGGAGGGCUUCUUUGACCACGGUUCUCGCGGUCACAUCUGGAUCGACAACAUCCACAUCAGCUCAGGAAGCCCCCUAGAUGACUGCACGCAACCCAUCGCUGCCUUUUCUCCAGAAGUCACCGGGGGAGGUGUGCCCGUGCCUCCCUUGCCCAUCCACUGGUAUUACAUAAUGGCCGCCGGAGGUGCCCUGCUUCUCCUGGCGGCGGCCAUCUUGCUUCGAGCGCUGUGCUGCUGCCGACAACACCUGGCUGCGUCAAAGAAGAACCAACUCUCUGUGGCCUAUCACAGCUCGUCCCAGUGCUUCCAGUAUGCUAACUGGGCCUCGAGUAUGGCCACGCCCGGGGUGGAGCCAGUGCUGACUGUUAGGUUGGACAGCCGAGACCGCCACAGGACCCUCUGCUAG